AUGUUCGGUAAUCACAAUGCCAGAGCUCAGACCUCGACAGCUACUCGUCGGUUGAUGAAGGAAUACAAAGAUCUCACAGCAGACCCCUUACAGGACACCAUAACGGCUGGACCUAUAUCAGAGGACAAUAUGUUGGAAUGGGAAGCUUUGAUCCAAGGACCAGAGGGAACGCCCUAUCUUGUAUUUCCUUCUGAUUACCCUCUGAAUCCCUUCACGAUGACUUUUGAUCCACCUUUGUUACACCCAAAUAUCUAUCCCAAUGGUGUGGUCUGUAUCUCCAUCCUACAUCCACCUGGCGAUGAUCCACUACACUACGAGUCUGCGUCAGAACGAUGGUCUCCUGUUCAAGGCGUGAGAAGUGUAUUAUUGAGUGUUCUUAGUAUGCUCGCCGAACCCAAUAUCGAGAGUGGUGCGGAUGUAGAGUGCUGCAAGUUGUACCGCGAUAACAAACCAGAAUUCGAGAGAAGAGUACGAGAACAAGUCAAGAAUCUCUUGGGUAUAUAG